CAUUUAUUUUAGUGAACAGAGCAGAUGUAUAUGUAUGAGUGUAUCACUGCACGUCAGACACUAUUUUUAUACCUGUGAAUGCUAAGGAAGUGCACAAGCCUGCACCUCACAGUGAUUAAGUCAAUACAGUGAACAUGUCUUGCUGAAAUGGAAGGCUAAUGUGCACUCAUAUGACACCUGCUUGUGCAUGAAUCAGAUUUUUUUUUUUUAAUAGGUGUGAACCCCCCUAAGGCUGAAGUGGAAAGUGUGUUCAGAAAUAAAAAGUAUGACGUUCCAGGCUUUUGAUCGUCAUUAGAUACGGGGAGGGUUGCAAGAUCAAAACGUCACACUCAAUUUUUCCACUCGUCUUUUUCUUUUUUUAAAAAAAAAAAAAAAAUCAGAUCAUCUGUUUAUUUUUGGGCUGUACUCUCUUGAAUUCAGCUUAGCUUUUUGGUUUUUGCCAGCUUAAUCUGCAAAUGAUUCACACCACCAGGGUGUCUCACAAUUUUAGACCAAGUGUGCAACACAACAAACUUACAUUAAACUGAACUAAAAAUGUAAAGUGAGCUGGAAACCCAAAACUUAAAAUCAAACAAUACUCUCUGUCAGUAGCACCCUCUUGGGCUUUGUGUCUUGAGCCGUAGUGAUUGACAGGUCGCGGGGUUUCCCAGGGAAAGUGGACUGUUGAGGCCAAAGAAAGCCUCUUGGCCUAUAAGUGCAUCAGAGAUCCACAAGUACAGCUCAGGCUUGUGUUGGUCAGCGAGCUGCCAAGGAGAGCAGCCAUGGGAAGCUUAGGCCAGUGGGACUCACCACAUGGAACUAAUGAGUUAGUUGAAACCUUUUUAAAACACCAGUGAGAGGAGCCAAAUGUGCCAUCUCUACAAAUAACCAAAGAGAAACAAACAGGCAGCACACAUCCAGAAAAGAUGUUGGUUUGAUGCUCCCAGUGUGUAAACUUGAGUACAUUUAAUUUAACAGUGAGAGCAUUGAUUUCAAACACUAAAUUGUAACUCUAAAGAAGGAUAGGACUGUAUGUCACAAAGGCUCUGAUUUAACCAUAAUCAUUGAUGCAGUGCCUCAUGUGUACAUUGUCACAUGUGCAGAGGUGUGAUCAUCACACCUCAUUGUGUGAAACCUGAACUCGACGUGUAGUUUUAGGUUUUUUUUUUUCAGGAGGAAUUGGAGUGAGAGCAGUCUGGUAGAAGAUGUCUGCGAAUCGAAGGGAUGCGUCACUGGAUUAGUGCCUGAGAAUCCGUCCCAGCCUCUUCCCUCCUGAGCUGCUGAGACGCCUCCAGAAGGGCACGACACUCAUUGCUCGCUUUCCCUCCACCAAGCCUUCCACAUGAGCCAGCCAAGCCUUACCUCCCCACCAGGAUGAAGAAAGAAAAGAAAACGCAUGCUUUACUGUUCCUCGUCCUGCUUCACUUCACCUUGGGGCAAUCAGACUAUGCUCCAUAUUUUCACGAUAAUGGACCCAGCAGUACAAAUGGGAAUAUGGCCUUGUUCAGCAUCUCUGAAGACACACCAGUUGGUACACAGAUAUACAUCCUGAAUGGCACAGACCCAGAGGGGGAUCCAGUGCGAUAUGGUCUGACUUUUGAAAAGGGUUCCAAAGAAUAUUUCAGGGUGGAACCCAAAUCUGGAAAUGUGACUCUAAUUCAGGAGCUCGACAGAGAGAAACAAGAUGAAAUCUCAGUGCUCGUGAGCAUAACGGAUGGUCGAAAUAAAGUUGUUGAGACAGUGAGAGUGUUUGUCACUGACGCCAAUGAUGAACCACCUGAAUUUCUCAACCUGCCUUUCAUCAUUGAUAUUCCAGAGGACACUGCUCCAGGAAGUAGCAUCUACAGAGUCCAAGCAGUGGAUAAGGAUAUGGGCUCAGGAGGCAGCGUCUCAUAUUAUUUACAGAGCAUCCCAUUUGCCAAGUUCACCAUUGAUGGGCACAGCGGGAUCCUCAGAGUCAAACCAGGCGAGACUCUGGACUACGAGACCACGCCAACGCAUUUUGUGACAGUGGUUGCAAGGGAUGGAGGAGGAAAGUACAAGGGGAAGCAUCAGGUGUUGACCUCCACAGCCACCAUAACAAUUAAUGUCAUUGACGCACAAGACAUGCCGCCAUCCUUCAUAGGAACCCCUUACUUUGGCUACAUUUAUGAAGUCUCAGUUCCUGGUUCUGAAAUAUUUACUGUGUAUGCUAAAGAUGGAGAUCAAGGCACUCCUAACCUCAUACAUUAUUCCAUUAUAAACGGUAGUGACGGUGUCUUUGACAUAAAUAGCACUAGUGGAUGCAUCACCCUGACAACGUAUCCAUCUCUGCUGAAAAAUGAAUUAUAUGAAAUUAAAGUCAAGGCAUCUGAGGUAGGCCCAAAUGAUCAGCUGUUGGACUACGACAUCACCACGGUGACAGUUCGGGUGGUGGAUCUAAACAACCAUCCUCCAACCUUUUACGGAGAAAAUGGACCACAGAGCAAGUUUGAGGUUACCAUGUAUGAACAUCCACCUGCAGGGGAGAUCCUCCGGGGCUUUAAGAUCACCGUCAAUGACUCCGAUCAGGGAGCGAACGCUAAAUUUAAACUGAGACUUGUGGGGCCGGGCCGAGUGCUGCGAGUGGUUCCUCAGACAGUCCUCAAUGAAGCACAGGUGACCAUCAUUGUGGAAGACACAUCUGGCAUCGACUAUGAAAAGGGACCAACCCUUUCUUUUAAGCUGCUGGCAGUGGAGAUCGACACCCCUGAGCGGUUCAGUGCGACCGCCGACAUUGUGAUCAACCUGCUGGACACAAACGACAAUGUCCCCAAAUUCACAUCUGAGUAUUACAUCGCCAGGGUCCCUGAGAACUCCCCUGGAGGCUCCAGCGUUGCAUCUGUAACAGCAAAUGAUCCAGAUUCAGGGCCUUGGGGUGAAGUCAAAUACACGAUUUAUGGAUCAGGAUCAGAUUUGUUUUCCAUCCACCCAACAACGGGCCUCAUCUCCACGCAACCCUGGACCAGCCUGGAUGCAGAGGUCAGGUCUAAAUACAACUUCUACGUCAAGGCCGAGGAUUCGGAGGGGAAGUAUGGCCUGGCUGAAGUCUUUGUCACUGUCACCGACAUGAACGACCACCCUCCAGAAUUUGAUGACAAACUCCUGGAGAAGACCAUGAUCAUUGGUACACCUGUCAAAGUAGAGGCAGUAGAUGAAGAUGCCGAGUCUCCAAACAACGUCAUUGAGUACUCCAUCAUGACAGCCGAUCCUGACAACGCGUUUGAUAUCAACGCCAACACCGGGGAGAUCAAGCUGAAGCCGUACAUCAAGUCCAUGGAGAUUGUGCAAAACAUCACCAGGCAGAAGGACUGCAGGUGGUCUCUGGUGGUCCAGGCCAGGGACCGAGGCUCUCCGUCUUUCAGCACAACGGCCGUGGUCAACAUCGACAUCACCGAGGCGACUCCUCUCAAGGGGCCUAUGGCGGCCUUUUUAAUGAAAAGUAGGGACAAUCCUAUGAGAGCUCUAGGCAUGGUCACUGUUAUCAUUAGCAUGUUGGUAGGGGUGACUGUGUUGUUCUCUACGGCUAUGUACAUGCGCAACUCAAAGUCCAACAGGAUCAUGCCGGCACGUCGCAUCAUUAAGAGGCGACCCAGGGACCAGCAGCCCUGGACCUUCAAAAUGCCCGGUGUCAAAUUCAACGACCCUGCGGAUAAGUUUGUCAUCGGCGACCCAGAGAGCGGCCCCGAGCGGAACACCAGCAGCCCCCGGCCGAAGCUUCUGCCCCCGAGCGCUCCUUGUUUGCCCCCUCCACCCCCAUCUAACACGCGGCCCAGUGACAGGCCCCGGGCAGUCCCCACGAUAUCCGGCGCGCUGGCCUCCAAAGGCUCAAAGAAAGCGAAAUCUAACCGCCGCAAAGAAGGAAACAUCAGCUCUGCUUUAGUGUCAGAGCUUAAAAUGAAGCUGGAGCAGAAAAUCAUUGAAAGCAACCAAGGUUAUUAUUAAUACAAACGUCUCGUUUAAGGUUGCCCUGUCCAUUCUUUGAUUUCUCUACUGCCCUUAGCCUCAUCCUAUGCCCAAGAGUUCUCAUCCUGAACCUCAUGUGAUGAUCAGGUAGGGUGGGUCUACCUUUAGAUUUAAAACGGUAUGAGAGUAUAACAGGAAGGUUUACAGAUAUUUAUGUCUUAAUACAAGAUAUUAAACAAGUGUGAUCCACUGUGUCCUCAGCUGACCUGGCUUAGUGAAAGAGAGGAGAGAACCUGAGUCUGUCGGCGGUGCGGUCGAAGAUAUUUCACCACACUGCCAUCUUGAGGAGGAUUACAUCAUAUUAACAAUAAGACUCACUGUAAAUUGUCCAGGGAGAGGAUUACUAAGACUUACUGUGUAUACAUAAGUUGCAUAACUUCCUGAAAAGUGUAAUGGUCAACACUCGACGCAGAAUCAGGAGUUCAAUCAAUAAAUCCUAAAACAAAAACAUUUCCCCUCGCUCGAUGGAGCAUGCAGCUGAAUGACACGGUCAUGGAAAAACACCACUGCUUAUUAUAAAGUGCUAAAGGACCUGUGUGUUUAUAUGAUUAUUGUGUAACAUCAGCCGCUUGAAAGCUGAGAAGUUGCUCUUUUGUAUGAUUACAAUGUGCCACUGUAGGUUUUCACAGUAACACAAGCUGAGUUGCUUUUAUUUAUUUGACUGUGUGAUUGUAGGAAAAUGCUUUUAUAUAAAUUUACAUGGGUCCAGUUUAAAUGUACAGCACUGUAUUAUUUUCAUUGUUUUGACUAUACACAUAUGACAAGAUAUCAAACAUUUCCCAGUUGUAUCUUGCAGCUGUAAAUAACAUGAAGUACAAAUAAAACCAUCUAACUCCACUAGUGGAAUAUUGUUGGUAAAAAAUAGAUUUUCAAGCUCAGAUUGCUAUGUAUAUAACUUGCUUGGACAUUACCUUUAUAGAUAUACCUACUUAAACAUAAAAUCUAUGUCAAACACUUAGGGUCCAAACACAGCUUCUGUCCAUGUUACUUUCCAAUGCCUUCAAAUGUAGGCAAGUACAAUUUAAUCGCUGUAAUAAAUAUCUUGUAUCUGACUAUAUCUUAACUUAUAAUUAUCCUAAAUAAGUUGAGGUAAACUAUAUAUCUUAACUAUAAAUUACAAUUGCCUGGUCCUAUAAAGUAACAUAUUUGUACCGUCUUUGUACUGUCUUGAUUUUGAAUAAAUAUUUGAAAAUAA